AUGGCCAUUAGAAAAUUAAACAAGCUACCACAAGCCACAAUGUUGAAACAAAUUAUGAAAAGGUGUUUGAGUUUGGGUAAGAAGCAGGAUUAUUAUGAUGAAGAAUAUGGACUUUCCAUUGACGUACCAAAAGGACAUUUUGCAGUAUACGUCGGAGAGAACCGAACUCGAUACAUCGUACCAAUUUCUUUCUUGACUCACCCUGAGUUUCAGUGCCUCCUCCAAUGCGCUGAAGAAGAAUUUGGAUUUGAUCACGACAUGGGCAUCACCAUUCCCUGCGAAGAAACUAUUUUCCGGUCACUAACUUCCAUGCUUCGCUAG